CCGCUGCUGUGACGGAGUGGGAGAGGGAGAACUUGGGGGCAAAUCAACAUCCUGCCAUCCUCUCGCGUGUGCUGCUCAUAGAGCCCUGCACUGCCUCCCACCGUCACCUCUCCAAGCGCAAGGUUUCCUCCAGGCUUCAACUCCCGGAGACACGCCAGGUUGAGAAACAGCAACUUUAAAAACAUGCAUCGCAGGCACACAACCCUUCGGGAGAAGGGCCGGAGGCAGGCCAUCCGGGGCCCAGCCUACAUGUUCAAUGAGAAAGGCACCAGCCUGACUGCAGAGGAGGAACGCUUUCUCGAUUCUGCGGAAUAUGGCAACAUUCCCGUUGUGCGAAAAAUGCUGGAGGAAUCCAAAACCUUGAACUUCAAUUGUGUCGAUUAUAUGGGACAAAACGCCCUUCAGUUAGCUGUAGGCAAUGAGCAUCUGGAAGUGACAGAGCUCCUCCUCAAAAAGGAGAAUCUUGCUCGGGUUGGAGAUGCGCUUUUGCUAGCCAUCAGUAAAGGAUACGUGCGCAUUGUAGAAGCAAUAUUGAACCAUCCAGCCUUUGCCCAAGGACAGCGCCUCACGCUCAGCCCCCUUGAGCAGGAACUGAGAGAUGAUGAUUUUUAUGCUUACGAUGAGGACGGAACCCGGUUCUCCCAUGACAUUACCCCUAUUAUACUUGCUGCCCACUGCCAGGAGUAUGAAAUAGUUCACAUCUUACUUCUAAAAGGUGCGCGGAUUGAAAGGCCACAUGACUAUUUUUGCAAGUGCAAUGAAUGUAUUGAGAAGCAGAGGAAAGAUUCCUUUAGUCACUCUCGAUCAAGAAUGAAUGCCUACAAAGGAUUAGCCAGUGCUGCUUAUUUGUCUCUUUCCAGUGAAGACCCUGUCCUUACUGCUUUAGAGCUAAGCAAUGAAUUGGCCAGACUAGCCAACAUUGAAACUGAAUUUAAGAAUGACUAUAGGAAGCUAUCUAUGCAAUGCAAAGACUUUGUUGUGGGGGUGCUGGACCUGUGCAGAGACACUGAAGAAGUAGAAGCUAUUCUGAAUGGAGAUGUGAACAUACAUUUGUACCCCGAGCACCACCGGCCAAGUCUGAGCAGGAUUAAACUUGCUAUUAAAUACGAGGUCAAAAAGUUUGUUGCUCAUCCCAACUGCCAGCAGCAAUUGCUCACCAUGUGGUAUGAAAACCUCUCAGGCUUACGGCAGCAAUCUAUAGCUGUGAAGUUCUUGGCCGUCUUUGGGGUCUCCAUUGGCUUGCCCUUCCUUGCCAUAGCCUACUGGAUCGCUCCCUGCAGCAAGCUGGGUCGGACCCUCCGAAGUCCUUUCAUGAAGUUUGUGGCACAUGCAGUUUCUUUCACAAUCUUCCUUGGACUGUUAGUAGUGAAUGCAUCAGAUCGGUUUGAAGGAGUGAAAAAUCUCCCCAACGAGACCAUCACGGAUCAUCCAAAACAAAUAUUUAGAGUCAAAACAACUCAGUUCUCAUGGACAGAAUUGCUGAUCAUGAAGUGGGUACUGGGCAUGAUAUGGUCAGAGUGCAAGGAGAUCUGGGAAGAGGGUCCACGCGAAUACGUGGUGCACCUCUGGAACCUGCUGGACUUUGGGAUGCUCUCCAUCUUCGUGGCAUCGUUCACUGCCAGGUUCAUGGCUUUUCUCAAAGCAACUGAAGCACAACAGUACGUAGAUCAGUACGUUCAAGAUGAUGACCUCAAUAAUGUCACCCUUCCCCCUGAAGUUGCUUAUUUUACUUAUGCCAGGAACAAGUGGCUUCCCUCGGAUCCUCAGAUCAUUUCAGAAGGACUGUAUGCAAUAGCUGUGGUACUCAGCUUCUCCCGCAUUGCUUACAUUCUUCCAGCCAACGAAAGCUUCGGUCCCCUGCAGAUCUCUUUGGGGAGGACUGUGAAGGAUAUCUUCAAGUUCAUGGUCAUCUUCAUCAUGGUGUUCCUGGCCUUUAUGAUUGGAAUGUUCAAUCUCUACUCCUACUACCUUGGUGCAAAAUACAACCCUGCCUUUACAACGGUAGAAGAAAGUUUUAAAACCUUAUUCUGGUCAAUAUUUGGCUUAUCUGAAGUGAUAUCUGUGGUGCUGAAGUACGAUCACAAAUUCAUUGAGAAUAUUGGAUAUGUACUCUAUGGAGUAUAUAAUGUGACUAUGGUGGUGGUGCUGCUUAAUAUGCUAAUAGCCAUGAUCAACAACUCCUACCAGGAAAUUGAGGAGGAUGCAGAUGUGGAGUGGAAGUUUGCACGUGCCAAGCUCUGGCUAUCCUACUUUGACGAAGGAAGGACUUUACCUGCUCCUUUUAACCUAGUGCCAAGCCCGAAAUCAUUUUAUUAUCUCAUACUGAGAAUAAAAAUGUGCCUCAUAAAACUCUGCAAAUCUAAGGCCAAAAACUGUGAAAAUGACCUGGAGAUGGGAAUGCUGAAUUCCAAACAACGGAAAGUUCGUUUUCACUCCAGCUCUCAAAAUACAGACUAUUUUUCUGGGAAGAACGCUUACAACAAGCCCACAAGAUAUCAGAAAAUAAUGAAGCGUCUGAUUAAGCGGUACGUCCUGAAGGCUCAGGUUGACCGAGAAAAUGAUGAAGUUAAUGAAGGAGAACUUAAAGAGAUUAAGCAAGAUAUUUCUAGUCUCCGCUAUGAGCUCUUAGAGGAAAAGUCACAAGCUACAGACGAGCUGGCACGACUAAUACAGCAGCUGAGCGACAAAUUUGGGAAGACCUUAAACAAGGACAUCUGAUGGUGAAAACAGAGCAAGGCAACUGGUUUCCUAAACACUUUUGAAUCUCAACCAGCAUCUUAGGAGAGCAAAAACCAUAUAAAAGAUGGGUACUGCACACUCAGCUUUUGCUAACUAGCAAGUAUUGGUAGGAGCACCUUGCAUUGCUGCUGUGCUUGGUGAGUUUAUUACCAGUUAAAUCUUUUAUGACACAAAAGUGACUCACUGGUAAAAAUGUAUUCCCUUUGACAUCAGAAAUAGAUGCACCAUAGGGAAGCACCUCUAGUUAAAGGCAAAAAAGACAGAUCUUCACCUAUCUGACUGUAGUGAAGACAACGUAACUGUGCUCAUUUAUACCACCUGGGACUGUACUGAUCAGAGUUGGGUGAAGCCUGAAGACAAAAUGUGAUAAGCACUCCUUGAAAAUUCCUAUCCUCGGGUGUGUACUCCCCUUUUAUGUUUACAUGGGCAGCCCUGAAGAUACCUUUGAACUGUGGCUAAGGAAAAGCAACUGAGAAAUCAACUGCUGAACUGACCAAGGCAACGUAUGGCAGGUAGAGGUCAUCUACUUUUGAUAUAGAUGGAUAACAGCAUUGGGAAAAAUGAAUGGAGCUUGUUGGGUAAAGCAUUCUUUCACCCUUCUGCUAGAACCUGAUGCAACGAUUCCCAGCCCAGAACUCCUAUUCCCUAUU